AUGGGCCAGUCUUCCUCGACAGCGCGACAUUCCCCCGACGCUAGUUACACGGACUAUCCACCACCAUCCUCGAUAUCGCGCGAUACUGGUACAAGGAAUGAAGACAUGAACAACAGGCAGGCAUUUGAGCAAAACGCAGAGGCUGGCACCUCGUCCGGAGUGGAAACACACUUACAAAGUGGCCCCGGCUCAUCGUCUGAUCAAUCGCAUGAGCCCCUGGAGACAUGGCACCAACCCACACGACCCUCCGGGGGGUUAUCGCACCCCAUGCGCAGCAUCGAAGAAGAAGAAGGUACCGACCAGGAAUCAGCAGAGCGAGAUUACCGCUCAGCAGCUAUUGCUCGCAUGGCGGCCAGAAGGCAGUCCACCAUGUCAAGGCUGGGUUCUAGAAUUCUCCCCAAUUCAGUCAUCCGCGGUCUUCUCAACAGUCAGGAGGAGACUCCGGCAGAAGGGCAUGCGCAUAGACAUGGCCUGGUGUCAAGGACACCGCCACGGUCGGAGACCGCCCAUAGUACUGGCCGUUUCAGCCCUUUUAGUGCACUCGGAUCAAGGGGAGUUACCCGUCGGCGCUCCGCUCGGGGGCCAUAUUUCAUUCCACCGCGUACGGACUCAUCGCCGAUACCCGAAACGACAACGAACCCAACCUUCCUCGAUAAUUCCAGUGAGCGAAUAACUGAGACGAACCGGGCCUCCUGGCGUCGAAGUGCUCGUCUGCACCGCAUGCGUCAUUCGCUAUCGACGCCAAUUUCUCAUAUGUUCGGCCAGCCACAGUCUAAUGUUUCUCCGCAUGAAAUUCCACCGCACUCAUCCCCGAGGCCAUCGCUGAGCGAUGGUCUUCCGAGUGCCAUGGACACCCGCCUGGACUUCGAUGAACCCUUACAUGAGCUCGAUUCUGUGGAGCCAAGCGUGCAUAAUGACGGACCUCUAUCUUCGAAUCAGCCUAACCCACACUUGAUGCGUCGACUUCCGGGCCUCAUGAGAGCGCGCUCUUCACGGGCAUUGCGACGAGAAGAGCAGACCCCUCUUUCUCGUGUGCUCCAGCUAGCGGCAGCCGCGAUAGCAGCUCAGCUUUCAGGGACCACGGGCCCUGCUCUACCGAAUAUUCAGGCGCUGGGAAAUGACGGAUUGGAGGGUUCCUUGGAAAACUUCAUUCAGAGUCUGCAGAGUGCUACAUCGGCCCAAGCCCAACCACCGACAGCAGGUGAAGGACCUAGCAUUCCUGAAAAUGAAGGACCGUCGCCCCCGGUCAACUUCUUGCGUGUCUUCCGGUUUGCUAAUUCGGACUCACCUGCUGGUGGCAAUCCAUUGGGGCGAAGCAUGAGUAGCUCUGAGAAUCAGGGCGCUCAAUCCGAUGGAAUGUCGGUUGAUGAGCCUCCAGAGGGAGCUGAGGGGCGGACAGUCACCUUGGUCGUAGUUGGAGUCCGGUCAGUGCCGGCUGGCAAUGGAGGCAAUGGAGAACAAGGGCCUCCGGCCCCUGGAGGCCCAGGCCUUGAUGCUCUUCUCGGACUACCAUUCCUCCCAUCAAACGCCAUUCCCCGACCGUCAGAGGCAGCCGGGGAUCCUAUCCAGGGCCGUACAAGACUUCCCAUCCCUCGCCCGACGGGUUCUCCCGGGCUCCCCGCCUAUGGGAUCCCUGAGACUUUACGCCAACCAGGCCUGAAUCCCUCUCGCAGACUCUCUGAUGCAGGUCCACGUACCACAUACCCAACCUUCCCCCUUCUGCCCUUUCCGAAAGCCCCCGGGCCCCCGCCCCCCGCCUUCUACCCCUGCGGAACAAGACCAUCGUCUGCCUCGGCCAUGUCACCGGCUGCCUUGCCACAGCUACACGAAGAUCGGACUAUGCAACCAACGGUGGAACCUGUGUUAGAAACGCCCUGGCCACCCAUGUCCGCUCGGCAGCGUCGACGAAGCGACUCUGAAUUCGCUCGUCAUCGAGCCCUGGGCUCGGGGUCCGUCCGCCGUAAUGGCGUAGUUGAACCUGACCAACCCCCUCCAAAUGGAGGUCGAAGUUGGCUGAUCUAUGUCGUUGGGACCAACUUGUCGGAGAAUCACCCGGCUCUCACGACUCCAAGUCUGUUCACUGAUAAUCCUACAUACGAGGACAUGAUCUUGCUCUCAUCUUUGCUAGGACCUGCCAAGCCUCCUGUUGCCUCUCAGGCCGACGUCAACUCUGCAGGUGGCCUGUUUAGGCUUGUUGAGUACGGCGGCUCUUUGGUUGCAGAAGCUGUAAAUGGCGAAGUUGCCAUCCAGAUCCAGGACGGCGAUCGCUGUCGAAUUUGCCUGAGCGAUUACGAAGUGGCUGAGGAAGUUCGAGAGCUCGCUAAAUGCAAGCAUGUCUUCCACAAAGAUUGCAUUGAUCAGUGGUUAACCACUGGGCGGAAUUCUUGUCCCUUGUGCAGAGGCCAGGGCGUGCGUGAAACAUCCAACACAGAUGGUUCAGCGUCCGAUCCUGCCCCCUCCUCUGCCCCUGAAGGCAUGGCGAUCUGA